AUGAAAAUACACAAGAAGGACAAGCAGCAGAUGUUCAGUGGUCUCCUAAAGCACACUCCGCCUCCAGCUCUAGCUGCCAGCUCUGCCUCGUCUUCACCCUCCUCCUCCUUAGACCAAAAUCACCACGAGACACAGCAGCCCUCGCAAAACCCAUUACCCGCCAUCCCACGUCACUUGGUCGUGGGCCCCAAAGACCAGCUUCGCCUCCUAACCCCAGUAGAUGAUGACGAUGGCGGUGGGGGUAGGGUUAAGAAGAAACGGAAGAAAAAAGACAAGCGUGACAAAGCUGCGGAUGUAGGCGACGAGCAGAAAGGCGGCGGUAAACCAAAGAGACGCAAAGAAGAGAAGGAGCGGGGCCCGGCAGUGCUGGUGCUGAGUCCCAGGAAGAGCAAACAGCCCAAGGAUGGGAAGGAGAGGAAGGAGAGGAAGUUUAAAAAAAAGGACGCCAGAAAGGACAAUGGGGCGGGGGUUAUUCACGUGAACACAGUAGGGGCUGGGGUGACUGUGGCUCCCAUUAAAAUACCUGGGAAAAGAGGACGCAAACCCAAGAUCAAGAUCCUACCUCCAAUACCGCCAAGUCAAGGUGUUCCUUCUCCUCCUGUCCUGUCCACCAAAGUGUCUGGACACCUUCAGGCCUCUCCAGUAAAGGGCAAUGGUCCGGCCCACAACUAUGCUCCCCCCUCUGCCCCCAAGCAGCGCGGACGCAAGCCAAAAGUGGCGGGUUCUAUGCCAGUGGAGAAGAAGAAGAAGGGGAAGAGGAGAAAGGAGGAGGUGCUACAGGAGGUGGUGGAGAGCGAUGACACCACCUCCACAUCGGGCCUGACUGUGGGGGGAGAGGACAGCCAGGACCCUCUAGACAGCAGUAAGCGACGUUCCGGGCGCCAGGUGAAGAGGAGGAAAUACAAUGAGGAUCUGGAUUUUAAAGUGGUGGACGAUGACGGGGAGACCAUUGCGGUGCUCGGAGCCGGCCGGAUCUCAGCGCUCAACGCUACGGCUUUGGCCUGGCAGGCAGAGGAGCCACCGGAGGAUGAGGCCAACAUCAUUGAAAAAAUUCUUUCUGUCAGACCGCUGAAGAAGGAGACACUGCCAGACGACCAAUCAGACGAGCCGGAGGAGUUCUACGUCAAAUACAGAAAUUUUUCGUACAUGCACUGUAAGUGGGCCACUCUGGAGGAGCUGGAGAAGGACCCAAGGAUCCACCAGAAAAUCAAACGCUUCAGGACCAAACAGGCCCAAACCAAGCACAUCUUCACUGAGCCUGAUGAGGAUUUGUUUAAUCCUGACUAUGUGGAGGUGGACCGAGUGCUGGAGGUGGCUGUUACCACGGACACAGAGACUGGAGAGGAAGUGACCCACUAUCUGGUGAAGUGGUGCAGCCUGUCGUAUGAAGAGGCCACGUGGGAGCUGCAGGAGGAUCUGGACCCAGAGAAAAUCAAAGAGUUCCAGGAGAUCCAGAAGCCGCCGCCAGAACUCCGACAUGUGGAGCGCCCCUCUCCAGAGAAGUGGCAGAAGUUGGAGCGUUCCAGAGAUUAUCGGAAUGGGAACCAGCUACGGGAGUACCAGCUGGAGGGCAUGAACUGGCUCCUCUUCAACUGGUACAACAGGAAAAACUGCAUCUUAGCUGACGAGAUGGGUUUGGGCAAGACCAUCCAGUCCAUCACAUUCCUGUACGAGAUGUUCAACCUUGGCAUCAGGGGGCCCUUCCUCAUCAUCGCCCCCCUGUCCACCAUCACAAACUGGGAAAGGGAGUUUAGGACGUGGACCCAUUUGAACGUGAUUGUCUACCAUGGCUCACAGAUCAGCCGGCAGAUGAUCCUGCAGUAUGAGAUGUUCUACAGGGAUGCUCAGGGUAACACAAUUCCGGGGGGGCUGAAGUUCCAUGGGCUGAUCACCACCUUUGAGAUGAUCAUGGCCGACUGUCCGGAGUUGAAGAAGCUCAACUGGAGAUGUGUUGUGAUCGAUGAGGCGCACCGACUCAAGAACAGAAACUGCAAACUCCUGGAGGGCCUCAAACUCAUGAACCUGGAGCACAAGGUUCUCCUGACCGGGACGCCUCUCCAAAACUCUGUGGAGGAACUAUUCUCACUCCUCAAUUUCCUGGAGCCACAGCAAUUUCCCUCCGAGAGCACCUUCUUAGAAGAGUUUGGAGACCUCAAGACAGAAGAGCAGGUGAAGAAGCUCCAAGCCAUUCUGAAGCCCAUGAUGCUGAGGAGGCUGAAGGAUGAUGUGGAGAAGAACCUGGCACCCAAAGAGGAGACCAUCAUUGAGGUGGAGUUGACCAACAUUCAAAAGAAGUAUUACCGAGCUAUCCUGGAGAAGAACUUCUCGUUUCUGUCUAAAGGAGCCAAUCAGCACAACAUGCCCAACCUCAUCAACACCAUGAUGGAGCUGCGCAAGUGCUGCAAUCACCCCUAUCUCAUCACAGGAGCUGAGGAGAAGAUUUUGGAGAGUUUCCGUAAGUACCACAGCCCCGACGCCCCGGACUUCCAGCUCCAGGCGAUGAUCCAGGCGGCUGGCAAACUGGUGCUCAUCGACAAACUGCUGCCCAAGCUGCUGUCGGGGGGGCACAAGGUCCUGGUCUUCAGUCAGAUGGUGCGCUGCCUGGACAUCCUGGAGGACUACCUCAUACAGAGACGUUACACGUACGAACGCAUUGACGGCCGUGUGCGAGGGAACAUGCGGCAGGCGGCCAUCGAUCGCUUCUGUAAACCCGACUCAGAUCGCUUUGUCUUCCUGCUCUGCACCAGGGCUGGGGGGCUGGGCAUCAACCUGACAGCGGCCGAUACAUGCAUCAUUUUUGACUCCGACUGGAACCCACAAAACGACCUGCAGGCCCAGGCACGCUGUCAUCGAAUCGGUCAGAGCAAAGCUGUGAAAGUGUACCGCCUCAUCACUAGGAAUUCCUACGAGAGAGAGAUGUUUGACAAGGCCAGCCUCAAACUGGGAUUGGACAAGGCUGUGCUCCAGGACAUCAACCGCAAAGGGAGCCUCAAUGGGGUGCAGCAGUUGUCCAAGUUGGAGGUCGAGGACCUGCUGAAGAAGGGGGCCUACGGAGCUCUGAUGGACGAGGAGGACGAAGGCUCCAAGUUCUGUGAGGAGGACAUCGACCAAAUCCUUCAGAGGAGAACCCAGACCAUCACCAUCCAGUCUGAGGGCAAAGGCUCCACGUUUGCCAAGGCCAGUUUUGUGUCGUCUGGAAACCGGACGGACAUUUCUCUGGAUGACCCCAACUUCUGGCAGAAAUGGGCCAAGAUUGCAGAGGUGGAGAUCGACUCUAGGUCUGAGAAGGAGUCUUUGGUGAUCGACACACCACGGAUUCGGAAGCAGACGCGUCACUAUAACUCGUUCGAGGACGACGAGCUGAUGGAGUUCUCUGAGCUGGACAGUGACAGCGAAGACCGGCCAUGCAGGACCAGGAGGAUGGGAGAGCGGGGCCGGAGAUACCUGAGAGCUGAGUGCUUCAGAGUGGAGAAGAACCUGCUCAUAUUUGGCUGGGGUCGAUGGAAGGACAUCCUAAACCACGGCCGAUUCAAAUGGCAUCUCGCAGAGAGGGACAUGGAGGUGAUUUGCCGGGCUUUGCUGGUUUACUGCCUCAAACACUAUAAAGGAGACGACAAGAUCAAGAGCUUCAUCUGGGACCUGAUCGCUCCCACCAAGGAUGGACGAGAAGACCACACACUGCUCAACCAUUCCGGAUUGUUGGCUCCGGUUCCUCGCGGGAGGAAGGGGAAGAAGAUGAAGAGCCAGGGGAGCGGAGAGGUACAGAGCGCAGACUGGCUGGUCCACUGUAACCCUGAGAUCGUGCUGCAGGAUGAGAGCUACAAGAAACACCUCAAACAGCACUGCAACAAGGUUUUGUUGCGGGUGCGAAUGUUGUACUACCUGAAGGUGGAGGUGCUGGGGGAGGCAGCCACUCAGGCCCUGGAGGGGGUUCCUGCCAGUAAACUGGAGGUCACACUCCCUGACAUUGACUACAUUGAGAUCCCUGCCUCGUGGUGGGACGUUGACGCUGAUAAGUCCCUGCUCAUCGGAGUCCAUAAACAUGGUUAUGAGCGGUACAAUGCCAUGCGGGCGGACCCAGAGCUGUGCUUCUUGGAGCGCGUGGGAAUGCCUGACGUCACAGCAUUGUCCCAGGAGCAGGGAGGAGCAGAGGCCAGUGCAGACAUGGCAGACAGCUGCAAAACUGAGGAGGCGAAGGAGGACACCGAGAGCAAAGCAGAAGGAGGAGUGGAGCGCGAAGAGACCGAAAAGGGAGGAGAGGAGAGCAGCUCCACUACAAACACCUCUGAAAAACCAGACAGUACAGCCCUGGAACUCCCUCCAGCUCCAGACUCCCAGACCCAGCUGUCCUUAGACCUAAGUGCUCAAGAUGCCACCCUUGUCACCACGACAACCACCGGCUCUGGGAUGGGUGUGGCUGCUCUCCAGUUGGUGCAGACACGCCCCCUGUGGCCCUCUGGUCCCGCCCUCACGGCCCGACUAAGGCGUCUGAUCACGUCCUACCAGAGGUUCACGCUGCGCCGUGAACCGAUGCUUCGUCAUGACUUCUUGCUGCACGACGGCCUGGUCGCCAUGGGAAUGGGAGGAGGGGCGGGGCAUCACGGACACUUGUCCUGGCAACUGGGGGAGGAGCUGCGCAGGUGUACCGUGGUGCCGACAGAAGCCGAUCCACUCUUUUUAGAGUGGCAGAGAAGAUGGACGCGUCGUGAACAGGCUGACUUCUACAGGACCAUAUCGUCAUUCGGGGUGGUAUUUGACCCUGAGAGGAAAGUGUAUGACUGGUCCCAGUUCAGAGCGUUGGCCCGGCUGGAGCGGAAGACCGACGAGAGCUUAGAGAGAUACUUCAACUCUUUUGUGCACAUGUGCCGCACGGCCUGCAAACUCCCCCCCAGGAAGGAGGAAGGUUUAGUGGACCCUGCUCUUGUUGUGGAACCACUCACUGAAGAGAGAGCGGCAAGAACGUUGUACCGAAUUGAACUGCUGCGGAAGAUCCGGGAGCAGGUUCUGCGACACCCCCUCCUCUCCUCGCGCCUUCAGCUGUGCCGACCCUCGCUCUACCUGCCUGUGUGGUGGGAGUCUGGGAAGCACGACCGCGACCUGCUACUGGGCGCGGCCAGGCACGGGCUCAGCCGCACAGACUUCUACAUCCUCAACGAUCCACAGCUCACCUUCCUAGAGGCGCACCGCAACUACGUCCGAGGCCACCCCAGCCACCAUCACCACGCAGGGAUGUCCUCGCACCCUGGCAUGCCUCCCACCUCCGCUCAGAUACCCCACUGCUGCAUGUACGACUCGGGCAUCCAGCCACCAGACUAUCACCAUCAGACCCACCAGCAUCACGCAGUGCCUUCGCCCGCUCAGCCUUUGGACCCUCACGAGCCAGCGCAGACUGGCCUUGGGAUGCCUGGUGCGCGGACGGCUGACUUCAUGGAUUGUCCCUCUCUAGAUGAGUCCCUGGAGCUGGGAUCUCUACAGCAUGAUGCAGACGCCCUACAUGGAGGGAAAGGCUCCAAAGAUGCCCUCAACGGGUUCCCCUUUAACUCUGCGGCCGGGGGACAGAGCAUGCUGAACUCAUACGGUGUGGGCGCUGCCGAUCUGGGCUCCAAGCUGAGGAGCGAUGUGCUGGUGGGGGAACAGGGGUCCUCUGAGGAGAGCGGACUUAUGGCCCCGUCUGUAGAGCUCAACCACAUACAGGCUCCGUGGGACACCACAGAGGCCUCUAGCCCGGCCCACCACAUGUUCAACGAGUCGGACCCCAUCCUGGGCCCGUCUGGCCUGGAGCCGGGCUUCCUGGAGGAGGAUGAGGAGGACACCAGGGGGGCAGACAGAGCGGAGGAGGGAGCCACGCUGGAGGAGUGUCUGGGACUGCCCCCCUCUGCCUCCCCCUCUCACACGUCAGCUGGGGACGCCUCUACAUACAUGCUGUUUAAGGAUAUUGGCGUCACAGAGGAACCCAGCGCAGAUCAAACCGACCUAUCAGUGAGCCCUCCACCGCCUUAUGUCCCACCCACUCCACUGUCUCUUUCUGACAUCACGGAGCAUGGAACGCAGGAUGGGCUAGACCGCAGCGACGUGUCCCACGCCACUGAGGAGGGGGAGGGGCAAGACGCAGUCGCCGGCUUCCCUUUUGACGGGAAGGACAAGGAGGAGGAGAUGCAGAGAAAUGGCGACAGCGAGCACAUGGACACUGAAGGAGGCACAGACCCGGUUAUGAUGAUGGAUGUGUCUGGGGACCUUCAAGGCACUUACAGCGAGACGGUAGACCCCUUUUUGGGCAAGCUGGACCAGGACACCUCUCUAGCCUGUUCUGAGUCCUUGGGGGAACCUGGAGAGGAUGUGGACCAAAUCAUUCUGUACCAGGCCAUGGAGACCGGGAACUCCCUCAAUACAGACGUCCUGAUGGACAACGCCACAGACAACUUUUUGGAAACGCCCAAUAUUCAGAAGGAAUGUAUCAUGCAGAACAACAUAGAAGCAGUUUCAGCAGGGAAACCGGAUCCGGUGUCGCUGAUGGAAGUCCAGAUGCUGCAGCCCGAUGAAGACGGCAGAGAGAAGGCAGUCAAAGAAAGUGAAAAUUCUCAAACCAACACGCAGCCAAGCGAUGAUGGCGUCCAAGUCAAAAGCGAAGCAACUGCUGACGAAGAUGUCAAAAGCGAAGCAGCUGUUGACGAAGUCGUCAGAAGCAGCUUUGAAAACAAAAUCAAACCACACCCAUCACUUUUCCAGAAGAGUACAGAUUUUUCAAACUUCCUCGCAAAUGAGGAAGUUGAGAAGAAGCCACAGCAUCUGCUGAUCAAAAUGGAGCAUGCUAAGGAAGAAGAGGUGUUGGUAAGAUUGGCUGAUGCUACGGAGGAGAAAACACUUGUUUGUUUGGUGAAAGAAGAAAUGUCGACCAAAAGUAAGCAGCUAGACAUUCCGAUCAAGGAUGAAGGCAUACCAGAAAACCUGUCCUUAAAACAGGAAAGCAUAGACAAUCAGGUAUAUUCAGAUGAAAUCAAAAGCGAAACCAAGCCCUUUGAGUUUCAACCUUCCUUCACCGAAGUGAAAGCUGAAGCAAAAGCAGAAGACUUGUCGAUGAUUACAGAUAGUGUGAAAUUGGAGGUGAAGACAGAGGGGCUGGAGCUGUGUGCCGAUGGUAGGCCGGUGAAAGCAGAGCCUGGAGUGGAGGGCCUGGAGACGGGCAAAGAGGAAGCUAAGCAGGUGCCGGCAGAAGCCGACAGCACGGUGGUGACACCCAGGACGGAGCUUGCUGAAGGAGCAGAAGGACCGGAGAACUUCUGCAAAAGCCAAGGGAAGGAGGAGCGGAUCCAUACGCCAGUAGGCAGUCCCCGGUUUGCCACCCCCAUGUCCAUGUGUGACGUCCCAGAAAGUCUGCACGAGUGCAGGGAGCGGGAGCCCACCAUCGCCCAGCUGCUCCAAGAGAAGGCCCUCUACUCCUUCUCCGAGUGGCCCAAGGACCGCGUAAUAAUAAACCGUCUGGACUCGGUUUGCCACGCCAUCCUCAAGGGGAAGUGGCCCUCCUCCAACGAGCAGUAUGACUCUCCUGCUAACGCCAGCCUGGCUAACAGCUUAGCUCAGCAGAGGGCGGGCUUCCUGUCCUCCUCCCCAGCAUCUGCACCAGGACAGGCCCGGGUCCAUGCUCCAGGGGCCGGCCUGAGCUUCCCCCUGCCUCCUCCCUUGACCAGGCUCCCCAAGUUUGUGUCGCGGGGCGGGGCAGUCGGGAGGGGCGGAGCGUGGCGCCUCACCUCGUUGCCUCUGUUGCAGGAGAGGCUGGUGGCUCCUCCCUACCUGCCCGAGCUCAAGCGAGGGGGAGCACGCCGGCCUUUUGACUAUGAAGCCGCUGCCAAAGCUCUAACCGGUAAGAUGACCCCCGGCAACGAGAAAUCGGGAAGUCCACAUUGCCCGCUGCCCUUGCUGAUGAACGGCUGGCAGGAGACGGCCAUGGAUCUGACCAAGUCUUCCGGAGGCGGCCAGGAGGAGGGCGCCAAGAAAGCAGCGCAGCCCCCCAUCUCCGCACCUCUGCCCGGACUGGACAUAACAGGGAUCCUGCAGGCUGGCCUCAUACAUCCAGUGACAGGGCAGAUCGUGAAUGGCAGCAUGCGGGGGGACGAGGCUCUGCGGAGGAGGAGGGGCCGUAGGAGGAAUGUGGAGGCCCUGUACUCUGAGUUCACCAAGGGGAGAGGGCUGCCGGCCGAGUCACAGGCCCGUGUGGAGGCUAUCAGCCACUCGGCCGUGUCCUCAUCCACCUCCUCCCCGUCCCCUUCCCCAUCGGAGCGCCCUGCUGGCUCCUCCACCCCCACCCCACCCACUCAUACCCCCCCACAGCCUGAGAUCGUGGCCAUAGACCGUGAGGCCGCCAGCAAAGGUCUGAUCGAGUGGCUCCGGCAAAACCCUGGAUACAGUAUGGAACUGCCUGCGUUCGCCCACACUCCAGGAGCCAGUGUGCUGCAUGGGUUCAUUGAGCGUCCCAAACAGAGGCGGCACCGCUGCAAAGACCCCUCCAAACUGGACGUAAACUCUCUGACCGGAGAGGAACGUGUGCCUGUGGUGCAUCGCGGGACAGGGCGCAGGCUUGGGGGUGCUAUGGCUCCUGCCAUAAAGGAGCUGUCCCGCUGGCUGGACGCUAACACAGAGUACUUUGUGGCUCCAGACUGGUCCGACGUUGUCAAACACUCUGGUUACUUACCCGAGGGGAAGUUCUCUCGCAUCCUGACUGAACCAGUGAACCGGGACGCAGCCAGGCGGCGUGGCCGCCGCCCCCGUAGCGAAAUGCCCAAACCCCUGCUGUCGGUGUCGGACGCCCCCCCCACCACCCUCGGCCCCCCGAUCUUCAUGAACGGUGGUCUCAUCGGCAGCAUGGACACAAUGGUGGCUAUGCAGAACUUGCGAGGAGCCACCAUCCCUGGUCUGCCCAUCUCUGGUGUCAUGGCGGCGGGCUUUCCCCACGGCUUCCCUGGGGCUUCUUCAUCUUCGGAAGACGCUAAAAACGGACUGAGCAUGCUACCGAUGAUGCUGCACGGAAUACCUCAUGGGGCUACUAUUCCGCAACACGCUAUGCUAAGUGUAGGUAUGAUGGCGCACGCUCCACCCACUAAAACGAACCAAUCCGACUCGGCUAGCCCUAAUUCUUCAUCUGCUGAGAAGGAAUUGUCUAGUGCAAAUGAAAAGGAUAAAAGCAAAGACGAAAGCAGCGACGUGAGUAAAAAAUCCCCGACAACCUCAGCGGCAGCAAUAGUGGAACAAGCUGCCAUUAUAACAUCCACCAGCAGGGGGCACAUAGGCACGGCACACAGCAGUCACCUGACGUUUAACCCUUUCCUAAUCCCGGGAAUGUCGCACGGCCUGCUCUACCCGCACAUGUUCCUGCCGCACGGGGGCAUCAUGGCACUGCCAGCCAUGCCACCCGGAGCUGUGGACGGCGUCCCCCCGGGAAGUCCCAAGAGGAGGCGCAAGAAGGAGGACGAGAUGGGAGACGAAGGCAAGGAACUUAAAGCUGGCACAAGCUCGCAGCCGCUCUCCCAGACGCCUCCUCCCGCAGAGAAUAAAGGCAAAACACAGGAGAGCCAGGACUCGCAAGAGGAUGCCGCGUUGUCGGGAGAUGCGCAAAAGCAGGAGGUGGCGGAGGAGCAGAGACAAGCCAACGGAGAGGAAGGCUGA